AUCUUUGGAUACAAAUGAAUGAAGCAUGGUCCGUGAUCUCGAGUCCUACUUUACUUAGACUACUCCGCGGGUUCACCAUUCUUCUGUGCGGAUCCGGUUAUCUGUUUUUUAUUUCAUUCGCACUGGAGUGUUCUUAAAUCCGGUUCAUCGUCGAAUCUGUUCGCCGCUGCUCCAUCGGAACGCCAAUCUCCGAUAAGAGUGUUGUGUUCGUGUGUGAAGUUAUUAACGUAACUGCACGAUUGAAGACCUAGAUUUGUGGAAUCGGUGAAUAGCUAUCUGUUGGAGUUUGAAAUAAUUUUGGCAGAAAAUGAAUUUCUUGAUGCUGAGGUCUAAUAAUCAGACUGCAAUUCAGGAGCAACAGUCUGUUAAUGAGACUCAGGUAGAGCCAAAUCAUGCAUCAAAACGGGGUACUACAUUAGAAGGUCUAAUUGCUGAAGAGAAAUUACCACAGAAAACAUCUUCUGAAUCCCACAUUUCCGAAAUUGAUGAUUAUGGGGAUGAGAACGAUCGCACGGCAGGUUCAAGUGGGAAGAGUGACUCUCAACUUGAUGGCCACAUAGAUGUUUCAGAAAAUGGUGGAUCGAUAAUCAUUCCAUGUAAAGAAUUUCCUGACAACUGGACAGAGGCACCAGAUAUACUGUCAUAUCGCUCCCUAGAUCGCAGCUUUGUUUUUCCUGGUGAACAAAUCAGAAUACUGGCAUGUUUGUCUGCAUGUAAGCAGGAUACAGAAGUUAUUACACCAUUUAAAGUUGCUGCGGUCAUGAACAAGAAUGGGCUCCGACCAAGCCCGCGGAAACAAAAUGAUAAAGUCGGAGAAGAACCAAAUCCAAUUUCGCAAGCAGUAGAUGCAAUUACUCAGCAAAACAAUCAAAAUGGUGAUAUUAUGAUGAAAGGGAAUAUUGAUUCACAAAAGUAUGUGUCAACUGGUGAAUCUCUCCUCAGAAUGGAAAAUCAUAGGAGACAGACUGAACAAUUGUUGCAAAGGUUCAAUAGUUCACAUUUUUUUGCUCGAAUUGCUGAGUCAAAUGAACCGCUUUGGUCUAAAAGUAGAGCUCAAGAAGCCCAUCCCAAAUUGUCCGAGAUAUUUGAACAAAAAUUGAAGGAAGAUUCUUCAGCAACUGCAAAGACUCUGAGAAACAAGAAUCCUGUUAGUGCUGUGAUUGACAGAGGAACAUUUGAUGCUCGGACAUCUGGGGGAGUUGCCAGAGGUGCUGUCAAGUGCUGCUCACUUCCAAAUGGGGACAUAGUGGUACUUUUACAGGUAAAUGUUGGGGUUGAGUUUAUGAAGGAUCCGAUCCUGGAGAUUCUUCAGUUUGAAAAGCAUCAUAAAAGAAAUCCGAUUCUUGAGAAUGAGCACACUCUCACUUCCUUUAAUCAUGACCCUUCCAGCGAAUUAUUAAAGUGGUUGCUUCCGUUAGAAAAGUCUCUUCCACCUCGUACUUUAUCACCUCCUAUAUUGAGUUCCACUACAAGUAUUCGGAGCACUUCUGCGAGAACUACGGUAUCUGGAUCUUCUGGUUCUCAGCUUUUCUCUUUUGGUCAUUUCAGAAGUUAUUCUAUGUCCUCGCUUCCGCCAAAUAUGACUCCACCACAAGCCAUUCCAAAACCUACUGCUAAACCAAGCUUUGACCCAGAAGACUGGAGCCAAUUUUCAUUCAGGAAGAUUGUGGAAAGUGGAAAAAGUGGGAAUGAAGUGCUACUAUCUUUUCGUGGUGUGCCAUUGGAGCCCGAGAGAUUUUCUGUUAGGUGUGGUUUGGAAGGAAUAUUUACACCUGGAAGAAGGUGGAGAAGAAAAAUUGAGAUAAUUCAACCCAUAGAAAUUCGUUCUUUUUCUGUUGAUUGCAACACAGAUAAUCUUCUUUGUGUCCAUGUAAAGAAUGUUUCACCUGAAAAUGCACAGGACAUUGUGGUCUUCAUAGAUUCCAUAACAAUAAUUUUUGAAGAGGCAUCAAAAGGUGGACCACCCUUAUCUUUACCGAUAGCUUGCACAGAAGCUGGGAACGAGUACAGUUUACCGAAUUUAGAGCUCAGGAGAGGUGAAGAACAUUCUUUUAUUCUGAAACCUGCAAAGACAUUAUCAAAGCAUCCCAAGGGUAAGACUUAUGGUAAUUUACAACUGCCGCACUUGUCUCCUGCAAGUGCUGGAUCAAGUUGGCAUCCCUCACCCAAUACUGAAGGGAAAUAUAGUGGAACCCUGUCCGAUCAAUUUGCAGUUCUUGUAUCAUGUCGAUGCAAUUAUACUGAAUCAAAGUUGUUUUUUAAGCAGCCAACAAAUUGGCGGCCUCGUAAUUCAAAGGAUCUUAUGAUCUCAGUUGCAUCUGAAACAUCAAGACAAACUCUUGGAUCAGAUGGAACUCAACUGCCUAUUCAGAUUUUAACUCUUCAAGCAUCAAAUAUGACAUUCGAGGAUCUGACAUUGACAGUUCUGGCCCCAGCAUCAUUUACUUCUCCUUAUGUAUUGUCCUUGAGUAAUUCACCAUCUUCACCUUUGAGUCCCUUUGCUGCACAUCGUGAGCCGGCAAAAAUAAUGAAUAGUGAUACACAAGGAGCUGAUGUGCAUGGGCUGAGCUCCGUGUCUCUGAAUCAAGGACAGAACGUGGACGACGGUGAUGCUCCGCAAUCAGUUUCUAUUAAGGAGCAUCCUAUGCCCAUAUCUGAUGCAGUUCCCAGAAGUGAUCUGGGUUGCACACAUUUAUGGUUGCAGAGUAGAGUUCCGUUAGGCUGUGUCCCUUCUAAAUCUACAACGACCAUCAAGCUUGAAGUUCUCCCUUUGACUGAUGGCAUAAUCACUCUUGAUUCUCUACAAAUUGAUGUUAAGGAGAAAGGUCUUACCUAUAUACCUGAGCACGAGCUGAAGAUUCAUGCAACUACGAGCAUUGCAACAACUAGAAAGUGAGGUGGCUCCUUUCAAGUUUUAAUGAUUUGAUUGUUAUCAUUGUGGUCCUGGCAAGAUACUCAAGUUGCUGAGCGGCACUGGGCCUUUUCUAUUCUCUAAUCAUAUGAGUUAUAGAACUUGGUCGCUCCAAUUGCUAUAUCUGAGCGAAGCGUUGCACUCUCGUACCUUCUAGACCAGGCUUGACAUAUGGUCUUCUUCACAUGUUCCUGGAGCAUGCAAGUUAGAUAAUGGCAAUCCAUACUGGCCCUUUCAUGUGAAGGGUACAUUAUGCACCCAAUUGUAGCAGCAUACAUUUGACUUAAGUUUCAAGUUGAUGUGAGCCUAUUAGAUUUUGUAUAAGAUAGAGUAUACUAGGAAAGUAUUAUCUUUCAAAUUUAAUGGCAGAUUUGUAAGAAAAACAGCUCCCAAUUUGAGGUUGAUUCAUUGUUCGCAAUUGAAGUUUUUAUUUAUGAAUGGGAAAGCUAAUUGUCCUAUC